GAACAGGAGUUCAGGCUGCAGGCCCCCAGGGUCACGUUGGGCAUGUGAUGGAGCCAGUACUCCGGCAGGACUGGGCUGCCGUUUUGAUCCCUGGGGAUCAUUCGUUCCCUGAUGCCCUUCCCUUCGGAACCUCAGCCUCCCGGCUGGGCCAUCCCCCGACUUAAACGUGCACCGUUUGUGGCAUUACAGGUGUGGAGAUGAAGAAGAUCACGGACGCCCACACCCCGUCUGGCCUGACCGUGAACCUGACGCUGUACUACAUGCUGUCCUGCUCCCCAGCCCCGCUGCUCAGCCCCAGCCUGAGCCACAGGGAGCGCGACCAGAUGGAGUCAACGCUCAACUACGAAGACCACUGCUUCAGCGGCCACGCCACCAUGCACGCCGAGAACCUGUGGCCGGGCCGGCUGUCGUCCGUGCAGCAGAUCCUGCAGCUCUCUGACCUGUGGAGGCUGACGCUGCAGAAGCGAGGCUGCAAGGGGCUGGUGAAGGCGGGCGCGCCGGGCAUCCUGCAGGGCAUGGUGCUCAGCUUCGGGGGGCUGCAGUUCACCGAGAACCACCUCCAGUUCCAGGCCGACCCCGACGUGCUGCACAACAGCUACGCCCUGCACGGCAUCCGCUACAAGAACGACCACAUCGACCUCGCCGUGCUCGCAGACGCCGGGGGCAAGCCGUACCUGCACGUGGCCGUGGAGGCCCGCGGCCAGCCCGUGCGGCUCUACGCCUGUGAGGCGGGCUGCCUGGAGGAGCCCGUGGAGCUGACCUCGGCGCCCCAGGGCCACACCUUCCCGGUCAUGGUGACGCAGCCCAUCACGCCGCUGCUCUACAUCUCCACCGACCUCAUGCACCUGCAGGACCUGCGCCACACGCUGCACCUCAAGGCCAUCCUGGCCCACGACGAGCACAUGGCCCAGCAGGACCCGGGGCUGCCCUUCCUCUUCUGGUUCAGCGUGGCCUCCCUCAUCACCCUCUUCCACCUCUUCCUCUUCAAGCUCAUCUACAAUGAGUACUGCGGGCCGGGGGCCAAGCCCCUCUUCAGGAGUAAGGAGGACCCCAGUGUCUGAGUGAGGUCCCUUCUGCACAAGACACCCGGCACUGCAAGUCCUGCUGCAAAAACAAGGGAUCCUCUGAAAGCACCCACCCUUUUGUGCCUUGUUGGGGACACCAGUGACGCAGAGCGCGUGUGGAUGUUCAGGAGUCUGCAUCGGGGGAGGGGAGGGCCGGUGGACUUUUUUGUAAGCUUUCGACCCAAUAAAAUGAACCUAUAUGGAAAAUACUUGAAA